AGGGAGAGAGAGGUUAUAAGAGAUGGUGGGGGAAAAAACGAGAGAGCGAGAGACUGUGCGCGUAAUGGGUGAAGAUGCUGUUGCCAGGGAACAGCGCUGAAAUAGAAACAUCUAUUUUUUUCCUGCUCUCCGGAGGAAACAAACUCCGUCAGUGAUGGAGAAUCCAGAAUGGACUGAAUGUGAGGGAAACAGGUGAUCCUGACUCCGAGUGGCCUGACAGAAUCAAAGAGAAGGAGGACACAGUUACUGCCUCAGCCUCCAUUAACAGCAGGGGUAAAAAACAAGAAUUAUCCAGCAGCCCAGGCCCUCAGCACACACCUGCAGAUGUAAUCAGCGAUGAUCCACACUCAGCAGCUUUAAGGAAGGGGGACCAUCUGAAAGGGAAGCAGGGACGCAGAAAGCCUUUGUAAUUACAGUAUCGAGCUGAAGCCCAUCCUUGCUGUCAGAGGAUGGGUACAGCGGAAGCCACUUUACGCAUGGACAGCAUGGAGGUUAAGGACGAGUGGCAGGAUGAAGACUUCCCCAGGCCACUGCCAGAGGAUGGAGAUGCAUGUGGCCUCUCUGACAGCAGGACCAAUCCUCCCACCACUCUGAAUGUCGGCGAAUCCAUGACCCAACGUAAGCGUCGCACGCUGGUCGCCCCCGACAUGAACCUGUCUCUGGAUCAGAGCGAGGGGUCGGUGCUCUCUGAUGACUUCCUGGAAACGCCCGACGACCUGGACAUCAAUGUUGAUGACAUCGAGACUCCAGAUGAGACUGACUCACUGGAGUUCAUCAACAACGGCAACGAGCUAGAGUGGGAAGACGACACACCUGUGGCUACUGCUAAGCGCCUCCCAGGUGAGAGCGAAGAGGAGAGAGACUCGUCAGGUCGUCUGUGGCGAACAGUGAUCAUUGGCGACCAGGAGCAACGGAUCGAUAUGCAGGUCAUCAGGCCGUACCUGAGAGUGGUCACACAUGGAGGAUAUUACGGGGAAGGUCUGAAUGCCAUCAUCGUGUUUGCAGCCUGCUACCUUCCUGACAGCAGCUGUGACGACUACACGUACAUCAUGGAAAAUCUCUUCCUGUAUGUUGUGAGCAGCCUGGAGCUGCUGGUAGCAGAGGAUUACAUGAUUGUUUACCUGAAUGGAGCAACUCCUCGCAGAAAGAUGCCUGGCAUCAGCUGGCUGAAGAGAUGCUACCAGAUGAUAGACAGAAAACUGAGGAAGAAUCUAAAGUGUCUCAUCAUCGCUCACCCAACAUGGUUCAUCCGCACUGUCCUGGCCAUCUCAAGACCCUUCAUUAGUGUGAAGUUCAUGGAUAAGAUCCGUUACGUUCACACCCUGAAGGAACUCGGUCAGAUUAUCCCCAUGGAGCACGUGCAGAUUCCUGAAUGUGUGCUGCAGUAUGACGAUGAGAAGAUCAGAGCACAAAAGGAAAGACUUGAGCAAGACCAGCAGCAGAGUAAUUCAACACUCCCCAAAGAAAGGCCGAAGUCAAUGAUAGCAGAGGUUGGCCGUGACAUCUGACAUUAAGAGCUUUAAACUGAAGAGCCCGAGGGGGAAUCGUAAAAACAGAAGCCCACAAGCUUCUCAGCUGGGAUUAUAUCCCCUAAAUGGAUCUAUUAGCCAGAGGACAAUCAUUCCUCAAUAUUCCUCUUGUUUCAAGUGACACGCUUGCUUCUAACAACUUAAGGUUCAGUUACACCAAAGCAUCGCAGCUUAGUUAAAUCAAAAACUGUCCUGCAUGUCAAGUUGACCUUUACCUACAGCAUGACUUUGCCUAUGCGUGAAUGAAAAGACUUGCCGGGAGCAUUUUGUACAUAUUUGUAAUAUAUUUUUGAGAAAAAAGUGUUUGCACACAGACGGUGUUGGUAUUGUUUGGUUUAUUGGCUAUUUGCUGAAAAAAAGAAGUGCAAUGAUAUCGCUCCUCCUAAAUGUUUCUGAUGCAAAAAGUGUGUUUUCAAGUUUUCCGGAGUUGAAUAUGCAGGUGGCAUGCUUGUUUAUAUCCUUCCUGUCUUUGUUACAUUUGUUAAGUUUCAAAAAGUAAUUUUGCAAGAUGGGAAGAAACAUUGUUACAAAUGAAAAGAAUUCUAUUUAAUAAGAGAGUUAAAAUGAAUUGCUUAGUGUUAUUUAUGAAAACGUGCCAUUUGCUGUUUGUAAAAAAAAAAAAAAAUGUAAUAAAUGAGUGAUCUAAA